ACUUCUCAUAAUGUUUGGUUUUCCGCAUGGAAUGUCCACAUCACUGGGAUCUCCGGGAAGGAAGAGGUGAAAGAGUCGAGAGGCCAAAUAAUCUCUGAGGAUUUGGAAGGGAAAGGACACGGGACGGCAGACUGAAGCUUCUAAUUGUUAAAGAAAGACAGUACCAGGAGUUAAAGGAAGCUAUCAGCAAAAGAGACAUAUCGCUUCUUAAAGAGGAGCUGAACCGGCUGAAAGCAUUUGCACUGCUGCUUGUAACGGAGCAUCAGCGUUUCAAGGAACUGUUGAAGGAGCACAGGCGUCAUGUCAAAGAACUGAGCGCCGUCGCUAAAGGUCUUGGACAGGAGGUCAGCGUGGCAAGAGAGAGGUGCCCCAAUUCGAUGCAUCCUGAAGUGGAGCGGCACAAUUCAGCUGACAACAUCCACCGCUCCCGUCACGUCAUGACAGCUCAACUCGCCGACGGGUCUGCUCAAAAUCAGCCGGUUAGACAGCAGCACUCGAGCGUCGGUCGCCGUACCGACACCCUGGAAGAAUCGGGAAGUUACGCAAGGGAGACGGACAAAGAACUGCGGGAGCCCGGCGAUCGAGAAUCUAGACAGCAACGCUCGCUGUCAGAAGUGGAGGUACUGAGGAGAAGGGUGGUGGAGAUGGAAGGAAAAGACGAAGAACUCAUCCGCAUGAGGGACCAGUGCCGGGAUCUGGACUGCAGACUGGUGAGGGAGACGAAAAAUUGCUCGAGCCUGAAGGUUGAAGUGAAUAGGCUCAACGGGAGAAUUAGUGAAUUAGACCGCAUUGAGGAGACCUUGGGAAAAAGCAAACAGGAGUGCUGUAAUCUGCGGGAUAGCUUAGCAAAAGAGAGAGAUGUCAGCAAGACUCUCUCGGGUGAGGUGGACUCCCUGAAGGUCAAAGUGAGGGAGCUGGAAGCGAGUGGGGGCCAACUUGAAAAGAGCGAGGCGGCGAUCAGGCAUGACCUGUCCACUCUCAGGUCUCUGACGGCGGCCUUGGCGGAGGACAGAAAGACCAUGUCAGAGAGACUUCAGGAGGCAGAGGAAAAGCUCAGUGGGUGGGGGAGAAAAAACUCCACAGGGAGUUCAAGAGAAGAGGCACAGAUUUCAAAGUCAGAUGUGGAAGACAAGAUAACAGCCAUUACAAAGGCGAGGAGCGAGUUACAAGCCAGGCUCGCAGUGGAGCAGCAGAGAAACGCGGAGCUCGAGACCAAAAUGGUCAUUAUGAGAAAAAGGUUACAGGUUUUGGAGAACCGGAGAGAAAAGGAGGAGAAGUACAUGCAAGGCUCCAACAGCACCAGCCCUCGGUGCCAAACGGAAGAGAACAAAGCCAAACAACUCACGUGGGAGCUGGAAAGGCUGCAAAAAAGACUACAGGACAAGGAGAUGAUGGAGAAAGAACUGAUGAAAGUCGAGGAUGACUAUGAGUCCCUGGAAAAGAGAUUUAAAGAGGAGCAGAUUAAAUCCAAGUCUCUAUCCAAAGAACUUGAGGUGGCCAAAAAGGAGCUCUCUGGAUACAAGCAGGCAGAAAAGCAGGACGUCAACCAAGAACAUCUCCUCCUUUGUCGUCUCCAGAAGGAGCAGGUCAAGUCCAGGCUGCUCGGGAGGGAGGUCAGUGCCCUAAAAGAGCAACUCCAGCAGCUGAUGGGCACAGAGGAAUCCAUCAGCAAGGUCCAGACAGAUCACUCUGCACUGCAGGGGAAGUUGACGCAACAGGAAGCGAGGAACCGGGAACUCGCCCGAGAGAUGAGGUACCUGAGCAGCGAACUCGACAGGUACAGACGCUUAAAGAAUCUCACGCCAGCCGAUAAUGAAGAGCAUUAUCGCCCCAACAAAGAGGUCCAAACCGAGGUAGCGACUAGCUCGCCUCCCGACUGCCAAUUGCCUUCUAUAAUAAACGAAACUUUUGGCAAGAAACACGACGAGGAGGAUCCAAACCACAACGUCGAAGUCAUAGACAGCCGGGCCUCAACUAAUGUCUGCAACCUUAACAGUUUGAACAGUGCCAACAACAUCGUGAGCCAAAACAGAGGCCUCGGAACCAACGGCGUAAAUGUGCACCAAGCGGCUAACGGGGACGUCAUGAUGCUAACACACACGCCAGGGCAGCCGCUGCAAAUCAAGGUCACGCCUCAUCACAUUCUCAACACGGCCACCCUCGAGAUCAGCAGCCCGACGCCGGAUGCCUCCGCAUCCUUCACCAGCACAGCCUUCAUCCCGUCUGGUGGGAACACGCCAAACCAAAGAAUCACAAUCAUCCAGAAUAAGACGCCACCCUCAAGUCCUGACCGUACCAUCUCCCUGCUUCACGGGACGCCCUCCUCUCGAAUCAUGAGUCCCAAUUCAUCCCGAUCCGUCACGCCCGACCUGCCGAUCCAGAUCCUGACGGUCAGGACUUGUUCGCCGGAGCCGACCGACAUCGAGAGCCCGUCCCCCUUCUGCAAAACUCUGGAGCAGCAGAACAGUUGGCAGCACGUGUGCUCCAGCAGCCCAGACUCCAGCCCGAGCAUCAUCACCACAGAGGACAACAAGAUCCACAUCCACCUCGGGAGCCCGUAUCUACCGUCUCACGGCAUGACGCCGCCUGUCGGGCCGUAUUACCUCCGACAUGAGCAGAGGACUCAAGUGCUCGCCAACGGCUGCCACGUUAAAGGCGUCGGCAAGAUCACCAGUAGUAUUACCAUAUCUCCUACCGCUUCUCCCGCCUCCCACUCCCCUAUGUAGCAGCAUAUAUGUAUGUCUCUUACAUAAUGUAUCAUGCUUCGGUCCCCUUGGACUAUGCAAUUAAAUCAAUACAUGUUUUUUUUUUUUUUUUAUAAUGGCACACCAUAUUUUGAUAAACUACAAGUGACAUGUAGCUAGCAUUUCUUUCCUAUAUAAUUGUGCGGCUGUUUCUACCGCCUGUAUGAGAACGACGUGAAACUUCAAUAC